AUGAACUCUUCCACUUGCGCCCCCGCAGCUCCUUCAAGGGAACCAUUGAUUCCACCGAAACAACCUUCACCGUCGGAAGAUUUCUCUUCCAGCUCUAGCUCAAACCCUUUACGUACCGCUCGUUCUCUCGUCCUACUUCAACUCCUCUCUCGACUGUUGACGUUCACUCUGAAUCAGCUACUUCUAAGACUGGCUUCUCCAGCUGUAUUCGGUACUGCUGCUAUCCAGUUCGAUCUAGUGUGCUCAAGUAUAUUGUUCUUGUCGAGAGAAGGCAUACGAAAUGCAUUAUUACGAAGUAGGUCUAGAACGAAUACAACAUACGAUCCCAAGAAAGGAAAAGAUGGAGGUGAAUUCAAAGUUGAACAGGAAAAUGAAGAUAAACAAGUCGAGAACCUUUCUGUGAUCCCCCUUCGAAUCGGUAUAGUCAUCUCAACCUUAAUCUCAUUAGUCUACCUUUAUUUUUCAAGUAAUACAACUGUUUCCCAACCACAUUUCCAUGUCAGUCUGUUCUUAUAUGUGGUUGCAGCUUUGAUGGAACUAUCCAUUGAACCAUUAUAUAUCAAGAUACAUCGAUCAAUAAAUCCUAAAUUGAAUGUCAGGGUACAAGCUGAAGGUGGAAUGGCAAUUAUCAGAUCGAUAAUAACCGUCAGUGCUUUAAUUGUACUAGGUGAAAAAGGUGCUUUGUUAGGAUUUGCCUUAGGUCAAAUUUCAGGUUCUACGUGGUUGGUUUCAAGGUAUUUGAAAGAAUGUCAUUGGGAUAUCAAGAGUAUCUUCAUCUCAAAAACAAUCAAAGGAGAAAAAAUGUAUAACCCUCAAACUCUCUCUUUAGCAAUAGCCAAUACAGGACAAAGUUUGAUUAAACACUUAUUGACUGAAGCCGAUAGAAUAGCGGUGGCUAGAAUAAGUCCAUUAGACGAUCAAGGUGGAUAUGCCGUUGCUAUGAAUUACGGCUCUCUUAUCGCUAGAAUCGUAUUUCAACCACUCGAAGAAUCGUUAUUACUUCAUUACUCUUCUUCCUUAUCUUCUUCCAAUACAUUACCACUGUACACUCUAACCAUUCGAUUAUCAUUGUACCUCACUAUGAUCAUUCGAACUUUCGUUCCACCUUUGUAUCCGGCUUUAUCGCCUCUCCUCUUACCUAAACAAUAUCAAUCAACCUCUGCACCUUCGAUCUUACGAUUAUACUUGACGACAUAUAUCCCUUUGAUGAGUUUGAAUGGAGUAUCAGAAUCUUUCGUAUCAUCUUCAGCUUCCCCUGAAGAAAUUAAAUCACAGGCUAAAUGGAUGAUAUCAAGUUCAGCAAUAUUCUCGAUAUCCUUGUAUAUCUUAACUCACCUACCCCAAAUCUAUCUACACGGUGAAGGCCAAAACUUCAAGUUACUCAAUUUCAGUAAUGAAGAAUCAUUAGUGCUAGCUUCUUGUACAGCGAUGACAGUUCGUAUACUAUUCGCUUUGUUACAUGCGAAUAGAACGUUCAAAUUGAGAAAACCGAAUUUGAGAUGGAGAGAUUUAAUACCCAAUAUCAAGGUUUUCGGUUGGACUUGGUUAGUGUGGGGUAUUUUGACUUUGUUGUUAAAUACAGAUAGAUGGAAAGUCAACUGGAAAGGUUGGGUUGAAUUAGUAGGUCUAGGCGGAGUGUUGGGAUUGAUCACUUUAGGUCUAAUUUUCUUGGCCGAAAGAGCUAGACUGAAAGACUUGAGAAGAAAAGAUGGAAAGAUGGAAUAG